CAGUCUUGACUUCAACAACACCACCAAAGAUUGACAUGUCAAAAAGCGCUAUUGUUUUCACCGAAACAUGCCGAAGAAUCGAUAUUUCAUGAUGCCGCCGAGAAUCCCGCAGAAACACGCCGGAACAAGGGCAAAGAUGACCUCCAAUUGGCGGGCUGACUUUUGGAGGGUCUUGCGGCGUGCGCCGGAACACUGAGCAUCCGGGACGAAACACGGCCUACCCCCGAGGCCCAGGGACCUUUUCUUUUUGAUCUCCUAGGCAUGACACUGGGGUAUUCCCGCCCUGCGUAACGCCCACUUUCCGUUUUCUCUCUCUUUCUGCCCAUUUUAGGCCGCUAUCCGCAUCUCCCUCCUGUUCCUUAUGGCGUGUGGGUAGUAGGCUGUUGGUCGCCAGUUGUCGUCCACUAUCGCUGUUAGCCUUCGGCAACGCUGACUUCCGCGCCUCCAAGUGUGUUGGCGCUCCCAUCCAAUUCGCUGUGCCAGUCGCCAGUCCCGUGGGCCAUCUGAAAUGUUCCCAAACUGCCAUUCUCGGGAGCGCACGUGGACAGGGGGGCACCCCAAGGGCACUUUGGAGAUCUGGUCUUGGCCCACGCACUCCCGUCAGGGAAGAGCAGGUCUCGCAUCCACCCCCUUCCGAAACGGAUGUACUGGCCCGUCCGAAAUGUCAAGGUUGGAGGCAUGUAACAGAUCCCGGAUGGAGCUUGUCUUGCUUCCCCCGGGCCCAGCGCCCAUCCGCCCAGGGGCAAUGGGAGGGACAGGACAAUGAAGUGCACUUCACUCAAAAGGUCUGGGUGACCGCAUCUCAUGAACCUACACUCCUUUGGGUCUUCUUCUUUCCCUCUUGUUAUGUCACUUGCGAUUGGUUUUGAAUAUUGCUCUUUUUUCUACUCAACUUUGGUUGAGUCCUAUGUGGUGGUAAGCGGGUUCUGUCUGGAUUCGCUACGUCCCCCUCAUAUUUUCCUUUGCACAGCCCUUGGAAAUUAUCGGCAAAGCAGCAUUGAUCGAACAUGGCGUUCCCAUUUUCUAUCCUGCCAAUCUCGGCCGCCUUUGUUCUGGUACUAUCAUCACUCUUCCUCAGCCUUGGGAAGUCAGCUCCGGCAAAUGGCGGCGUAUGCUAUUCGCAAGACCUCCCAAACAUACUCGCCGAAUCAUUCCCAAACAGUGCAACCGGAGUUCUCAAUGCCACGCUGGCCAUCAUUCCUAUCUCCCUCGAGUCAGCUCGCCGCCUGAUCCCACCACAGUACCGGAUCCUCGAGGGGGCUUAUCGAUCUUUGUUGCCAGACUUUCCAGAGGGCAUGUACCCUGUCAUGCUGCAAGCCGCCCACGAUCACGAUGUUCAGUUCAGGGCAUAUGGCAUCACGAUAGAGGACUUUUCGCGUGUUGGGUUCGAGUUUCCGUUCCUCGACUUUAUGGGUGAUGGGUAUUCCUCCUUCAGAUGGGCACCAGCGCAGCUUAUCAGUUCUACCAACGACAUUGCUUUGGAUGGAUCACGAGCCUAUGGUACCAUUGUCUCUCCAGCCGAGUACGAGCCUCUCUGCGACGCCUACGAGACACUACCCAACGGCGCCACGCACUUCAAGGGCUCAAGCGUGAACUCGGCCGAGUUUAUCGAGUUGGAAAUGAAGCGCCUUCCGUUGAACCUCAGCCCGUACCCGAUGGAGUUGUUCAAGAAUAUCACCAACCAGCCGACUUUUGCCAAUGGUACGACAUGCGACAACAUGAUCAGACUGUUCAACACGACCAUGUCGACUGGGGAAUAUGCACCUAGGGCUGUGCUUGGUAGUGUCAAGGCGAGGACGAAUGCCUUGUUCCAAGGGGCAGAUAAGGAGUGGACAGAGAUCUACGGGGUGCAAAUCGCCACUCCGUUUAUCGAGAACAACUAUCUUGACUGCAAGACAAUGCAGGGCUACGAGGGGACUGGUGGACCAGGGGACUCGUUCGUCCCAGGGGGCGAUAAUGAUGAUCAUGAGCUAUGACGGCGUUUAUUUGUUCAGUUCAGGGGAAGUAUUACAUUUAACUAAUGAUACCCGGC